CCUGUCAUUCGUUCUGGGCGACUGCACCGACGGCGACACCGCAUCCGAGCUGCCGUCGACCCAUACAAGCAUCCAUCAGCACGCCAAAUCCAUCGCACAGCCCACGGCAACAGAAAUGCAGACAGAGAUCGAUGCCUCGUUGAAGGCCACCGCGGACUCGUCCGCCCACCGCCAUGCGCUCGAAUCCAUCGCCGCCCGCAUCGAUGCGUCUUCCGGCGAGUUAUUUGUCCUGGUCGAGCUGCUGGGGCCCACGCUGACCAACUCGGAUCCAUUUGUGCGCUCCAGAGGGGUCGGGCUGCUCUCCGACACUCUGGCUCGGCUCAAGCCCGAGUCCGUCGGCACCAAGGCUGCGUCCGUUCUUCUGAGCUUCUUCUUGGACCGCCUGCACGAUACUCCAAGCGUCGGCGAUGCCCUCAAGGGUAUCUUUCAGCUGCUCUCGCUCGAGUGCCUUCCAAAGCUCGAUGUCCUCGAAAUCCCCAAGCGGAUCUUUGACGAGCUGUCGGUCCAGGAUUUCCAGCAAACCGUUCGCCAUUCCGUCCUCCGCAUAUUUGAUUAUCUCCUCAGCAACCACGCCGACGGUCUGAGUAAGGCCCACAAAGACUUUGUUGGUGGCUUUAUCCAGUGUAUCGAUGGCGAAAAGGAUCCCCGAAACCUCAUGCUGUCAUUCAGGUCGAUCAAGAGCAUUUUGCGCCAUAUGGACAUUGCCGGACACACCGAGGAUCUAUUCGAAGUCGUGUCCUGCUACUUCCCAAUCACUUUCAGACCGCCUCCGGAUGACAUCUAUGGAAUCACCGCCGAUGAUCUCCGGCUGGGCCUAAGGGAAUGUAUCACCGGAUCGUUCCUCUUCGGCCCCCUUGCUGUCCCGUUCUUGCUUGAGAAGCUGUCGUCGAGUUCGAUCAGUGCAAAGCGUGACUCGAUGGAGGCUUUGGUCAGCGGUGCAGCGACAUAUGGAUCCGAGUGCCUAGUUCCCCACACCGAUCGGCUAUGGCAGCUCCUGAGCGAAGAAGUCUUCCAUGCCUCGAACGACGAGCUCCAGACGGCUGCUUUGGAUGCUCUCAAAGCCAUUUCCCAAACACUCUCGCUUGCGGCCACUACAAACAAGCAAGAUGCAUUUGGCGGCCUGCUCAAAGAGGCUACAGACAAGUGCCUUGGAUAUUUGAAGGACCCUGACCACAAAUUCGCCAAGGGCAGCGGCAGAAUCAUCGCUUGCAUUUCGGCAACCUCUGAUCCCGCCAACCAGUUCAUCGUAUCGCAGGCUAUGCCUGUCCUGCUCGAGUGGCUCAAGACCGAAGAGCGGCCGGUUUGCCGAAAGGUGCUCAUGGACGUGCUCCUUCAGCUGCUGGUGGCAAGUCGUGAGCUUUACGGCACAUCCGGAUCAACUCGGCAGGUUGACGGGGAGGUAGAAUUCCCUGUUCUGGCCUACAAAGAUCGACUCUUGGAAGUGUUCCGGGUGUCUGCCAUCUUGGCAUCAGAGUACGCCCCUGUUCGACUGGUGUCGAUCAAGGCCCUUCUUGAGUUGGCCCUUCACCUUGGUUGCCUUGCCGAAAUUGAGAUACGGGCCGUAGUUCAGCUUUGGAACAGCUUGAUAACGGGCGAUGUGGAUGUCGAGAUAUACAAUGAAGCCGUCCAAGCCAUCGUGGCCGUUUCGGACAGCCGGGCUGAUAUCGUUUUGGAGCUUUCUGUGUCCCCGCUCCUGGCACUCCUGCGGGACACCCAUCCACAAAAUUACACACACAACACCAAGCUGUACCUCGAGGCCCUGACAAAGGAGAGCAUCCGUCCCGAUAUCUUUGAUGUCAUCGUUCCUGGACUGAUUCGAAUCUUGAACGAGCAUUUGGAGCUGGAAAGCGGUCUCCCGUUCACAGAGGAUGUGAUCGAUGCCAUCGCUGCAGUUCUGCGGACCCACGCCGAAGACGAGACGGCAGACAAUAAGGCCGAUGUGCUGAAGCAAUGCGUCGACAGCGUCGUCAAACCCAUGUUCCGGAUGCUCGUUGUGAACAGCCUCGUGUCCAAGCAGACCCUCGCAGCAAGCCUGGUGCACAAGCUGUCCAGCAUUCUUGGUCUCGUUGUGCGCGAGCUUCCUCUCACCGAGCAGUCUGAAGUCGCCAGCUUUGUUUAUCGGAUUUUCAUCGAGAGCGACAUCGAGGCCGUCGUUUCUGACCAAGCCCUUCGUGCCACCUGGAGGCCGCUCUCGCCUCUCGCAUCGCCCUCGCAGCGUGUGCUCGUCCAGCCUCUUGCCUCGGUUGCCUGCUGCCUUCGCUCCACAGUGCCUCUGCCAGGCGGAUCAGAGGUCCAGUUUGUCAAGACCCUCGUGCAACCAAUGCUAGAUGCGUCGGAGGCGACAGUAGAUGAAGCCACGGCAAUCUGGUUUGGUUCGCUGGCCCAGAUUGCAGCAACGAUCAUUAACAAAGGGGCCGAUGAGAAAGCCUCGGAGACACUUUGCGCUGACGUCAAACAGCAGCUGUGGGCCCUCAUCUCCGCCGGGACGGGCAGCAUGCCCCAGAGGCAGCAUUUGAUUCUCGUUUAUGGAUGGCUCACCAAAGGCCUGGUGAUUAAAUCCAGCAAGCUUGGCUACGAGAUGGCCCGCGAUCUGCUCGCUCUCAUCGAAAACCAGACUCUGGGCCUCGAUGCUGCUCGGGCCUUGAGCAUCGUCGUAAAGGAGUCUGACGAUUCGAUCCUGACCAAGAAGGCAUUUUGCACAGUCAAGCCUUUGUACAAGCAGCGUCUGUUCGCUGAAGCUGUCCCCAAGAUUUCGUCUGGAUUCAAUGCGUCCGGCCCGGGUGCCAAAUCGAACUACCUUGUGGCUCUGUCGUACUUCCUCAGCAACGCGCCGAAACAAGUCCUGUUGGGCGCUCUGCCUUCGCUGGUUCCGUUGAUCAUACCGUCGUUGGAAUCGGCUGAUUCAACGCUCAAGCUCAGCACGCUGGCCACGCUGCAGUCUAUGCUCAAGGAUGUGCCAGACCUGGUGACGACACACCUGUCGACCUUCGUGCCCCUCCUCUUGAAGCUCACGCAAGUGGAUGCCGAGCAGACAAACAAAAUCCCCGUCCGAGUUGGCGCCAUACGUUGUAUUGGCAUGCUUCCCUCUGCGCUGGCCUACUCUGAUCUCCAUCCCUUCAAGCCCGUCGUUCUGAGCGGCCUUGCCCCCGCCUUGGACGACACUAAGCGAGCCGUUCGCAAGGAGGCUGCCAACAGCCGGAACAAGUGGUAUUUGCUCACCGGUCCCAAGAAGAGCAACUAGCUGUGCGUGUGGGUGCAUUGCCACCGACCAUGGAUGCUGUGCCAUCGCCGAUAUAUCGCGGCCAAGACACACGGCCUGGCCCCAGCUGCUUCCCGCAGACCACAGCCAUCGACGGGGUCUUCUGAUGAAUACACAUGGAGCUGGCAUGCUCGGAGCCAUCCCAGGGCCAUCGAUUCGGG